AGGAGGGAAGGACUUCACAGGGGAAAAGCAAAGGAGCCUCAAGACCUAUACUCGGUCGCCUUCUUCUCCCUCUGUGUUGCCAGUUGGGAAUAAGAAGCAACUUCAUCCUCUGAAGGUCUUUCUUGCAUGGAGACAAAAAGAAUAGAGCAGCAAAGAUGAAUGAAUGACACCGUUAAAUUUCUCAUCGGAGUUUUUAUGACAUUCUGGUUCUGUGAACAAAAGUAGCUUUGAAGACUUUCACUCAUUAGAGGGUGCAGUUGAGCCCAGAGGGAACAUGAACCCAGGAAAACCAGCUUGGGAAGGACUGGCACUUUGUGAUCCUCUUCAGGAGAGGACUGCAAUAGAACAAAAAAAGGCAGGACAGAGGAUCCAGAGUGAAAAAACAAUUACUUUCUGCACAAAGAGUCAACCCUUCAGGGAGCUCCGCUAUCAGGAUGCUGAGGGUCCCCGAGGAAUCUGCAGCCACCUACACCAUCUUUGCAAUCAGUGGCUGAACCCAGAAAAACAUACAAAAGCCCAGAUGCUGGAUUUGGUAGUCCUGGAGCAGUUCCUGGCCAUUCUGCCUCUGGAAAUGGAGAAUUGGGUGCGGGAAUGUGGAGCUGAGACCAGUCCCCAGGCAGUGGCUCUGGCUGAAGGCUUCCUCCUGAGUCAGACAGAGGAGAAGGAGCAAGGAGAGUUGCCGAUAGAGAUGCCUGUUCAGGAUUUGAUGGCUGAGCAUCCUAAGACAAGAAUUGAUCUGUUAAAUCCUUGUCAGAACAAUUCAAUUGGGGGAAUUUCUCUAAAGGAUCUGAAUCGAGACAUGUCACCAGGGGCAGAGAACAGAGACAUAUACCAGCUGGUGGUAGGAGAAACGUAUCUUUCCAAUGAAGCAGAAGCAGAUGUUGGGUUUUCAGCGCAGGGUUCCAUAUCCUUCAAGGAGUUGUCCAUCUGCUUCACCGAGGAGGAGUGGGGUCUGCUAGAUUCUGAUCAGAAAGCUCUGCAUGGGGAGGUCAUGCUGGAGAUGUCUAGGAAUGUGGCUUCUCUGGCAGGCAAUGAACGGAAGAAUGAGAUUUAUCAGGAAUCAGAAGAGGCACCCAUACAGAUUCUAAAAGUUGAAGUGGGAGAAGAGAAUCAAUGGCAACCAAAAAAUGAAGACGGAAUCCGGCUAAACGAUCAACAGGGAAAAAAUCCUCCUCUUUUAUCUCUGGAAAUCUAUGACUUGCUGGCCCAAGAAGGUCUUAAUAGAGAGGGGAUGGGACAAUAUUUCAGUAACCCAUGUGAAUGGAGACAGGAGGGGAACAGGUAUAAUCAGAACUGCCUUCCUCAUUGGAGAGAUGAGAUGGGGGGGAAAGCAUUUGAAUGUAAGGACUAUGAAAACAACUGUAACUACUCCAGUAACCUUGUUUCCCAUCCAAGGAAACACACUGAUGAGAAUCCAUGUAAAUGUAUAGUGUGUGGAAAGAGCUUCACAAGGAAUGAUAAACUUACCGCCCAUGUAAGAAUUCAUACAGGGGAAAAACCAUAUAAAUGCACGGAGUGUGGAAAGAGCUUCACGAGAAAUGACAUACUUAUUUCCCAUAAAAGGAUCCACACGAAAGAGAAACCAUAUAAAUGCAUGGAAUGUGGAAAGAGUUUUAGCCAAUGCAGUAGCCUUAUCUAUCAUAAAAGGAUCCACACCGGGGAGAAACUGUAUCAGUGUAUGGAAUGUGGAAAAAGUUUCACAAGGAAUGAUACACUGAUUUCCCAUAAAAGAACUCACACACAAAAGAAUGGGGAGAAGCCGUUUAAAUGCUUAGAAUGUGGAAAGAGCUACAGUCACUCCAGAAGCCUUAUUUCUCAUGAAACAAUCCACAAAAGGGAGAAGCCCUAUCAGUGCAUGGAAUGUGGAAAGAGCUUCAGCCGAUGCAAUAGCCUUACUUCUCACAAAAGGAUCCACACAGGAGAGAAACCGUAUAAAUGCAUGGAGUGUGGGAAAAGCUUCAAUCACUCCAGUAACCUUAGAACCCAUAAAAAUAUUCACAGAGGAGAAAAACCACAUAAAUGUAUGGAGUGUGGAAAGAGCUUCACAAGGAGCACAGAUCUUACUUCCCAUAAAAGGAUCCACACGGGAGAGAAACCCUAUAAAUGUAUGGAAUGUGGAAAGAGUUUCACUCAUUCCAAUACCCUUACUUCUCAUAAAACCAUCCACACUGGGGAGAAGUCAUAUAAAUGUACCGAGUGUGGAAAGAGCUUCAGUACAAACAGUUCUUUAACAUCCCACAAAAGGAUCCAUACAGGGGAGAAGCCAUAUAAGUGCAUGGACUGUGGAAAGAGUUUCAGGACAAGCAGUUACCUUACUUACCACAAAAGAAUUCACACGGGGGAAAAACCCUACCAAUGCCUAGAGUGUGGGAAAAGAUUUAAUCAUCCCAGCACCUUUGCUUCCCAUAAAACAAUCCACACAAGGGAGAAACAAUAUAAAUGCCUAGAAUGUGGAAUAUGUUUUACACAGAGUUGUCACCUUACUUCCCACAAGAGAGCCACAAUGGGAUUUAACUAUAUAAAUGCUUAAAAUGGGGUGAGACCUUUCAUUCUUGUGACUUGAUAGCCCAUAUCAGAAACAGCAUGGAAAAAACAGGUGCUUCAAUGAGAAUAUUCUGGUUACUUGACCUUAAAGAGAGAUGACCACAUAGGUUAGAAAGUUGGUAAUAUUCCUUCCCUGAGAUGAUGAUGAUGAUGAUGAUUUAUUGAAUUUCUAUACCGCCCUUCU